UGAUUACUUUUGGCUUAAAUGCAUUUACUCUCCGCUAUGUAUCAAAAGAAAUGAUUGGCCUUGUGAAUGUAAGGCUAACAUUGCUUUAUUCUACAGUUGUUUUCUUAGCCAGAGAGGCGUUCCGUAGGGCUUGUUUGAGUGGCAGCACAAAGCGAAAUUGGACCAAAACUAUUAAUCUUUUGUGGCUAACAGUUCCUUUGGGGGUGUGUUGGUCACUGUUCCUGGGCUGGAUCUGGCUACGGUUACUUGAAGUUCCUGAUCCUAACUCAGUUCCCUACUAUAAGAUUGGAGUAGUUGCAUUUGGUCUUUCUGCAGUGGUUGAACUUCUAGGAGAACCAUUCUGGGUUUUGGCACAAGCACAUUUGUUUAUAAGGCUUAAGGUAAUUGCUGAAAGUCUUUCAAUAAUCUCCAAAUGCAUUUUGACAGUUAUUUUAGUAGUGCUGUAUCCACAAUGGGGACUUUACAUUUUUUCUUUGGCCCAGCUUUUAUACACCAGUAUUCUGGUGUUGUGCUAUGUAAUGUAUUUCAUGAAGUUUUUGGGUUCUCCUGAAGCAACAAAGAAAUCUUUUCCAGUUUCUAGAAUGACAGAUCUGUUACCCAACUUGACUGAAGACCAGACUGUGGUUGACUGGAAAGAGGCUAGGUUGACUUGGAGCUUCUUUAAACAAUCUUUCUUGAAACAGAUGUUGACAGAAGGUGAAAGAUACGUGAUGACUUUUUUGAAUGUGCUAAAUUUUGGAGACCAGGGUGUGUAUGACAUAGUAAAUAACCUCGGUUCUCUGGUGGCUAGAUUUAUCUUUUUGCCAAUAGAGGAGAGUUUUUACAUUUUCUUUGCUAAGGUGCUGGAAAGAGGGACGGAUGUAAAGCUACAGAAACAAGAUGAUCUUGCAAUGGCUGCAGCAGUGUUGGAGUCACUGUUAAAACUCGUGCUUCUGGUAGGCCUGAGCAUUACAGUUUUUGGCUACGCCUAUUCUCAACUGGCUCUGGAUAUUUAUGGAGGUUCAAUGCUCAGUUCAGGAUCAGGUCCCAGUCUCCUGCGCUGCUAUUCUUUAUAUGUCCUGCUUCUUGCUGUCAAUGGAGUAACAGAAUGUUUUACAUUUGCUUCUAUGUGCAAAGAGGAGGUAGACAGGUUCAAUUUUGUUAUGCUGGCCUUGUCCUUCACAUUCUUGUGCGUCUCUUAUUUCUUGACUCAGUGGCAAGGCAGUGUAGGCUUUAUCCUUGCAAACUGCUUCAAUAUGAGUAUUCGAAUAGCACACAGCAUUCACUACAUCGACAAUUACUUCAAAGAGAGCUCUUACAGACCUUUGAAAGGGCUGCUACUCUCGCCAUCACUAAUUUUUGUUUAUAUUAUUAGUGGAGUAGUCACUGUUUUUUCAGAGGUAUUCUUGUGCUGUGAUAAAGGCUGGCUGGCAAGGCUGAUUCACAUCACUGUGGGAGCUCUGUGCUUCGCAGCAACACUUAUCACUAUAUUCGUCACAGAGACCAAGCUGAUUAACUUUGUUAGAACGCAGUUCCUGUCACGAUAUACCAAGAAAGAAACUUAAAAUGAUCAUGUACGGAAUAAUUGUUAUGUAUGUAUGUAUGUAUGUAUAUGUUUGCUACAAAGGUAUAUUUUAUAUAUAAAAUAUGCAUAGGAUAAGUUUUAAUGGCACCUUGUAAGGUU